UUUCGCUAAUUGAUCUCAAAAAUAAUUAAUGAUAAAUGCUCAUAUUUUUUAGUUUUAUGAAAUUAGAAAAACGACCAAUGAAAUUGUAGAAAAUAUUUAUACCGCGAAAAUUUGAAAACAUGGAACUUCCGGAAAAGCCAAAUCCAAACAAUCCUAUUGUGUUUUUCGAUAUUACAGUCGGACACACAGAAAUUGGUAGAAUUAAGUUUGAGCUUUUUGCCGAUGUUGUUCCAAAGUCAGCCGAAAACUUUAGGCAAUUUUGCACAGGUGAAUACAGAAAGGAUGGUGUCCCAAUAGGAUAUAAAGGAUGUCCAUUCCAUAGGGUUAUCAAAGAUUUUAUGGUCCAGGGUGGAGAUUUUAUUAGUGGUGAUGGUGUUGGUCUGACCAGUAUAUAUGGAGGAAUCGCAUUUGCAGAUGAGAACUUUAAGUUGAAACAUACUGGAGCAGGAAUAUUAUCAAUGGCCAACAGUGGUAAAGACACCAAUGGCUGUCAGUUCUUCAUCACAUGUGCAAAGUGUGACUUCCUGGAUGGAAAACAUGUGGUAAUUGGUCGAGUUACAGAAGGACUCUUAGUGUUAAGAAAAAUAGAAAACGUUCCAACUGGACCUAAUAAUAAACCUAAAAUACCUGUCCAGAUUUCACAAUGUGGAGAAAUGUGA